CGUGCCCCGUGCGUGGAGCACAUGUACUCAUCAAUCAUCAUCUCCACUACUUACAUACGAGGCCACGACCCACGAGCGCAGAUUCCCGUGACAGCCUGUCUCGUCGUAUCCGUCCAUUGUCUUACAUCUAACACCUGCUCCAUCGCUCUCUCUCUCUCUCUCUCUCUCUCACUCACACUCUCUCUCUCUCUGUUUAUCGAAUACCGGCUUUGAGCUGAGAACCAGUCAAUCCUCGCCGCCGUCCGCCAUGGCUCCGAUGAUCGAAUCUGCUUGGUCGUAUCUUAUUACUCAUUUUAGUGACUUCCAAUUGGCUUGCCUUGGAAGUUUCUUUAUUCAUGAAAGUGUCUUCUUCUUGUCUGGGCUUCCAUUUAUAUUAUUUGAAAGGGCUGGAUGGUUGCACAAGUACAAGAUCCAGACAAAAAAUAACACCCCAGCAGCACAGGAGAAAUGCAUCACUCGCCUGCUACUGUAUCAUUUUGGUGUUAAUCUCCCAGUAAUGAUUUUAUCCUACCCUGUCUUUAGACACAUGGGGAUGCGAAGUAGCCUUCCGUUGCCGUCCUGGAAGGUGAUUUCAACUCAAAUACUAUUCUACUUUAUCCUUGAAGACUUUGUGUUCUAUUGGGGACAUAGGAUUUUGCAUACAAAAUGGCUAUAUAAGCAUGUCCACAGUGUCCAUCAUGAGUAUGCGACACCAUUUGGAUUGACAUCUGAAUACGCUCAUCCUGCUGAAAUUCUCUUUCUUGGAUUUGCAACAAUAUUUGGCCCUGCAAUCACUGGUCCUCAUCUGAUUACGCUUUGGCUGUGGAUGGUACUUAGAGUCCUCGAGACAGUUGAGGCACAUUGUGGUUAUCAUUUCCCAUGGAGUCUCUCAAACUUCUUGCCUUUAUAUGGGGGGGCUGAUUUUCAUGACUAUCAUCACCGAUUGCUGUAUACAAAGUCUGGAAACUACUCGUCAACAUUUGUUUACAUGGACUGGAUAUUUGGUACCGACAAGGGUUACAGAAAAUUGAAGGCUCUGAAGGGCGAUGGAAGUGAAGUGGAGCUCAAAGAGAUGUAACAUAAAUAUUAAUAAGAUAUAUACUUCUGGGUGCUGUGGCAUUGCGAGAUGGGUUCUUUAUGUGAGAGGAUGUGGGUGAAUUUCCGAAUGGGGUACCUGAUCUUAGAACAUCUUGUGUGCUAUGGUAGUCGUUUAUGGCAGAUCAUGUUUUUGACUUGCAUUGUGUAUUACUUGGAAGCCAUUAGAAGCCUGUUUUAGUUCAAUCCCUUUCUCCAUUAAUGGAAGUUCUUUUCUCCCCAUUUGGUCUUUAAAUCUUUGCUAUCCACCACACACUGUUUAGAGUUUUCUAAUGAUAAAUUCCGCUUUGUAGUUGUGUAAAUGACAUAUUUCUAA